CCCCGCCGCGCGGCGCGGUGGGGCAUGGGGCGGUCGGGCAGCAGCAACUUACCCUCCGCGGCCCCCUCAGCCACAAGUUGCGGUACAGCAUCCCGGGCAGGGAAGGGUUUGCAUCCUCCCUCGGCUCCAGAACAAAAGCAACGGGGCCGUGGGAGUCCUGCUCGGCGGGCGGGCGGGCGGCCCACGCAAAGUUUGGGUCCUCGGUGGGUCAUUUCCCUGCCCCUUCGUGCUUUCCCCGCUGCAGUGCAGCGCCGAGAAGAGGAAGGGAGACGGGGGCUUGGUACUGUUACCGCUGGUUUGUCCCCCUCCUUCCCCUUUUCCAGAAGGCCGAGGGCACAGCUGCUCCGCACCGUGCGGAAGCAGACGUGCGGAGUGAGGCUCAGCCCUGCGGGGAGCGGGGACCUGCCUGCUGCGGGGGCAGCGUGAGAGCCCGGGGGCUGGCCUGACAGCUACCGAGAGCCCCGACAGCUACCGAGAAUGAGCUCCCCGGAUGGGGGACGGGAGGAGACCCGAGGAGGGGGAGAGCACAGCUCCCCGCCGGCCUCUCCUCACCCUCAGCUCCCUUCCGCAGAAGUUGGGGUGUAAACGCGGGGGGAGGCUAGUGCGGCGCCAGCACGUCUCGCCUCGGUGCUCCGAGCCCUUCUGCCUGGCGGCCGAGGGACUCAGUUUGCCUCGGAGACUGCUGUUCCGUUACCAGUUUUUAAUGCAUCUUUUAGCAGGACUCUAUGGGAGUUACCUUAAAGCCGGACAAUAGAGGAGUUUUUGUAUCUCCGAACAAGACGCAGGCAUUUUUUGUCGCGGCCGAGCAGUGAGUCAAAGGCAGAAUUUAUAAGAGCAACAGUCACUUUCACCUGUUUUAUGCAUGGUUAUGUUUAUGCAUUUGUCGGCAUUAAUGCAUCUGACAUAAACUACUCAGCUGGUCGAUAUGACGCAUCGGUUAAGCCCCCAUUCGAUAUAGGUUUUGAAGGUGUUGGUGACGUGGUAGCGUUAGGACUCAGUGCUAGUGCUGAAUAUACAGUGGGUCAAGCUGUGGCCUACGUGAAAGCAGGUUCCUUUGCUGAAUACACAGUUGUGCCUGCCAAACAAGCAGUUCCUCUACCCUCUGUGAAACCCGAGUUUCUUACUUUAAUGGUAAGUGGCGCUACUGCAUACAUCAGUUUGAAAGAGCUGGGAGAGCUGUCUGAAGGCAAGAAGGUUCUGGUGACAGCAGCAGCCGGAGGAACAGGCCAGUUCGCUGUGCAGCUUGCAAAGAAGGCAAAAUGCCAUGUAAUUGGAACCUGCUCCAGUGAUGAAAAGGGUGGUUUUCUGAAAUCCAUUGGCUGUGACCGUACAAUCAACUAUAAAACUGAAAAUGUUGAAUCUGUUCUUAGGAAGGACUACCCUGAAGGUGUGGAUGUGGUGUACGAAUCUGUUGGGGGAAAGAUGUUUGAUUUGGCUCUUAACUCCUUGGCUACCAAAGGGCACCUGAUAGUUAUUGGGUUUAUCGCUGGCUACCAGAACCCUACUGGCCUCCAGCCCAUUAAAGCAGAGUUAUUGCCAGCAAAACUAUUGAAGAAGUCUGCCAGCAUUCGGGGUUUCUUCUUGAACCAUUACCUUUCCGAGUACAAAAUGGCUCUGAAGCACUUGCUCAAGAUGUAUGAAAAAGGAGACCUGGUUUGUGAGGUGGACUUUGGAGACAUGUCUCCAGAGGGCAAGUUCACUGGCUUGGAGUCUGUAUUCCGUGCUGUAGAUUACAUGUACAUGGGAAAAAACAUUGGAAAAAUUGUAGUUGAAUUACCUCACUCUGUCAACAGUAAGCUGUAAAAACAGAACAAUGAUAUAAAUCAGAAGAGAGAAAAUGGGCACUUUAUGCCGCAGAAUUACUAGAAACAAUUUAUUUUUUUAAGCUUAGUAAUGGAUAUUAUAUUAAAAAACACCAUUAAGGUGUUAAUAAAAAGUUUUGUGUUUUUUUUUUUCUUAAAAGUGCUUAAAUCAGUGGCUGUAGCACGGACUUAGUGGGCCUGUGUUUUAUUCUUUCACCUAGGCUAGUGUGAGACAAGAACAUUGUUCUUGACAGAGUAAGUCUCAAUGCAGAGGCAGAUUUAGUCUGUCAGACUGGUUUGAUAAGAUUUUAUAUAUAGUUCAUCCCAGAAAAAAAAAUUCAGCAAUUUUGAUUCCCUGAUUAAAAUUGUUAGAACAAGACUAAGUAAAGGGUUCUAUCUUUUGUUUGCUCUACUAAUCUCUUGAAGUUUCUGGAAAAAAAUAUGCUCCUAAUUUUUUUUUUCACAAACACGAUAAUCAUAAUUCAGUUGCAUCAUGGAUCAUACUAAUAUGCCUUGAGUGGUUACACAGGGAAAUUUAUCCUCCAAUUCUGACAUGUCAGUAAUACUAAGAAAAGCAACUUGACUUUUUUUAAUUAUGUCUUUCGUAACUAUAAACAACUGUGCAAUUUUCUUUUAAAUGUUUAACUACAAGUUGCAACAUAAUCUCAUUUUCUUGCUUUUUCAUUUGCUAUUGUUAAUGUUUACUGUCCGGUCUCCCCUUUAGUCAUUAUUACAAGAUUACUGGGAGUGGGGGGGUUAAGCCAUGUUCUUGUAUGUUCAGGUCUUGUAUAUUUUUUGAAGAUUUAAUAAAGUUUAAAAAAACUAUUCAAAUAUUUGUGGCAUUUAUUCAUAUUGAUCCAGUUCUUGCUGACUAGCUCCUUUGUAGAUAAUCUCUGUGUUGUAGAAUUCUUUGGCUGAUGAUUCUUGAUGUAACUGCCCAUAACUGGGCUGCUGCUCCUACUUUUACCAAAUAUUGCUUCUACAGAAGCCCGUUUACAAACAGCAAGACCAUUUUAAAUCUACAGUCACAGUUCCUCACACACGAACUGAUGCUCAGCCAUAGACUAUCUAGUGGGUGCAGUUGAAAGGUUUAGUAAAGUUUUGAAAAUUCUUCCUCAUUUAAUAGAUGUUAUUAAUGUGACAUAGAUUAGGAAUUCUAGCUAGAAGUGUAAUAUUUUCCAGAACAAUAAAAUACUUUAAACUGUGCUUGCUCUACAUCUUUUUUUUCCAUAGCAACUGUCUAAGAUCUUAAAGGCUGAUUUUGCCACAUCUUUUGAAAUUAUAUACAUUUGUAUGCAGUUGGAGAGAUGGAAAUUUCAUAAGAUCAUACACCUAAUAAUAAACGUAAUGAUAGACUGAUAAUGUCUAGGGGUUGAAGGAAAAAAUCCAGGGUAAACUUAGUUUUUGGGUAUUAUUCAGGACUGACUGUACGUGACAUUUUUUAAAGUAACAUGUAGGAAAAACUUCUGGUUUACUCAGUAGUACAGACAGUAGAAAAAGUAUUUUUAACUUUGAUUUAAUGCAUUCUUAUUGUAAUUUUUUAGUGCAUAUGUCAUUAGCAUCCUAUAGAAUUGUGUGCAACAAAGAACUGUCCCUUUUUGGGGCCAUGUCUGACUACUGGGUUUAGUCUCACCUUGGAGGAUUUUGGGGAUGGCUUGAGUCUUUUUUACCAUUUCUCUUUUACUCAAGCUGAGCGUCAAACCACUAUGAUUUUUGUUUUUACCAGGAUCUGCUGGUAGAAACAUACUUACUUUUUCCCCCCUAAUAUUGCAAAUACUGUGGUGGUUUGUGUGUUUUGCAUUAUUCAAAAGGUAUGUUGGCCUUCCAGCUGGAUGCUAGAAAGAUGCAAAGACUCAAGUACCAUACAAGAUCAGAGCAUACAAAGCUCUCACCGUCUUAUUCCUAGGCACAUGGUUUGUUUUCUUGUUCAGAGAAAAGGUGGUACCUGUGGUCAAUAAAUGCAUCUUAAAAAAAA